ACAUCUGUUAUAUGGACUGUGGCCAGCCUUAAAUCUGGUUAUUGCUGUUUGGAACGUGCUGCUGAAAAUCAGACUUAAAAAGGCUUUUCCUCUUAAUGCACAGCUUAUUCUGUCUCUUGUUUCACAGGGAAGAAAAGCUGAUUUAGUAAUUGAAAUGGAUGCAAUACUAAAUUACAGGUCAGAAGAUACUGAAGAUUACUACAUGUUACUGGGAUGUGAUGAACUAUCUUCGGUUGAACAAAUCCUGGCGGAAUUUAAAGCCAAAGCCUUGGAAUGUCACCCUGACAAGCAUCCUGAAAACUCCAAAGCUGUGGAGACUUUUCAGAAACUGCAGAAGGCAAAGGAAAUUCUGACUAAUACAGAGAGUCGUGCCCGGUAUGACCAUUGGCGAAGGAGCCAGAUGUCAAUGCCAUUCCAGCAGUGGGAAGCUUUGAGUGAUUCGGUGAAAACAUCAAUGCACUGGGCUGUCAGAGGUAAAAAAGAUCUGAUGCUGGAAGAAUCUGACCAAGUUCAUACCAACCAGAUUGAAAAUGAGGAACGGAACAAGCAAAGAGAAAUAAAGAAAGAGAAGCUGGGUUCAACCACAGAGAAAAUGGAGCAAAAAGAAUCCAACUCCUUGGAGAAGUCAUUCUCCCCGCAAAAUCUGGAUUCUCCAAUCUUUUCAGAUGUGAACUCUUGGCACCUUCGUUUCCGCUGGUCUGGGGACGCUCCCUCAGAACUCCUGAGGAAAUUCAGAAAUUAUGAAAUAUGAAAAGUGCUCAGUAGGAGAGAGAGAGAGCAAGACCAUCUCCCGUGCUGCCAACAAGUCUUUGUUUGAAUCUUAAAAACGUUAUGUUUCUCUGUCAUGUUUGUGAAUUGCUCAGUACCGAUUGAUUCCUCCAUCCUUGAACCCAUUCUAACAAAAUGUGUGUUUUCAAUGAGAACAUUUUCA